AUGAAGCUGAAGCAGCAGAUCCUUCACAUUCUCUCCACGGAGAUUGCUAUUGGCACAAGCCUCCAUGGGGAGGUGACUGCGUUCCAUUCUGUCUUUGACAGCUGGGCUCCGCUCUUGCCACACCAGACGGUUCUUGCCGUCCUCAGAUUCUUUGGCGUCUCGGAGCAGUGGCUUGCCUUCUUCCAGAACUUCCUCGAAGCUCCGUUAAAGUUCCUGGACGACGAUGACACGGUCAGCACUCGAAAGCGUCUCCGCGGCACACCCGCUUCUCACGCCCUCAGCGACCUCUUUGGCGAAUCUAUCCUUUUUUGCUUGGACUUUUCCGUCAAUCAGGCGACCGAGGGCCAGACGAUAUGGCGUAUCCACGAUGACGUUUGGUUCUGGUCUAAUGAUGAGACCAAAGCAGUAACGGCAUGGAAGACGAUGGAUAACUUUGCCCGAAUCACCGGGCACCAAGCUCAACCCAGCGAAGACUGGGGCUCGGUCAGUGAGUUGCUUCCAAAGGGUGAGAUCCGAUGGGGCUUCCUCCGACUUUCGUCGACCACGGGCCGUUUCGAGAUUGAUCAGACAAUGGUGGACAAACACGUCGAGGAGCUCCAGAAACAGCUCGUCGGCAGCAACAAGAGCGUCUUCGCCUUCAUCCAGACCUGGAACACGUACGCAGACACAUUCUUCUCCGCCAACUUUGGCACGCCUGCAUGCUGCUACGGCGUCGAGCACGUGGACGAUAUGCUGCGUACCCAUCAGCGGAUCCAAAAGGAGAUAUUCUCGUCCUUUGCCACCUCUUUCAACGAAACAGGGGCAACGAGCGUCGCUGACCAUCUCAAGAAGACCAUCGAGACCCGUUUCGGCAUCGCCGAUGUUCCCGACGGCUACAUCUUCUUCCCCGUGGAGAUGGGGGGCCUGGAUCUCAAAUCGCCAUUCGUGACCCUUCUCCAGAUACGCGAUUCGUUUAGCGAGUCUCCGUCUGCCAUGCUGGAGGCCUUCCACAAAGGCGAGCGUGAGGGCUACCAGGCCGCCAAGGAGCGAUUUUACAGCAGCGAGAUUGAGGAACUGCACUACAGCCUCGCGGACCCGGAUUGGAAGCCCGAAUCGAAGCAGGAGCAGGAGACGUUCCUCAGUUUCGAGGACUACACGCGGUUCAGGGAGGAGCUCCGCUUCGAAGACAAUGGAGUCCAGGUGCAUGAUCUUUUCAGCAAGAUGUUGGUCGAGCCGUCACCCUCCACCUUGUCGCUAGACACGAGUACGAUCAGUUCGGCACUGCGUAACCUGACCGGCAAUCCGAGGCCGAGAGGCAUCUUCUCGAACUGGGCCUCGAUGGAACCGUACUGGCAGUGGGUGACCAUGCUGUAUGGACCGGAAAUUGUGGACCGUUUUGGCGGGCUGAACAUUGUUGAUUCCGGGUUGCUACCGAUGGGCAUGGUCAGCAUCUUUAGGGAGAAACGAGUCACGUGGGAGGGCUGA